CGAGGUUCCACUGUAAUUAGAACUAUUCGCCAUUGCUGUUAUAUUCAAACAAGCUUUGUUUACCAGUGUUUUUCCUGCAUUUAGUCAGUCAUGUUUCAAAUGAUAUCGAAGUGUAUAAACGAAGCGAUGGCUGAAGCCGAUUUCAGCAUUAACAGUGGAGAAGCUAGCCUCCACUGAGAAACACCACCGAAAAAUGCGAGUUAUUCCUCUAUUUCAAGCUUUUGCAUCUCAUUGCUCUCUGCCGAAUACUUAGCGCAUGUAAAAAUUGAAUGUAGAUAUCACGUUGGAUAACUGUGUAAACAUUCAAAACACUCGUGUUCCUGUUUUUCUGAGAAAGCGGUUCAGAGUUUAAGCAUCUUUUGGGGUAUCGGAUUACUCUAGGCAUCCUUGGCAUUCAUCAAAACGAAGGUGUAUUUUAAAACAAACACCCAGCAUCGAAAUCAAAAGCGGCUAGCUGCUAUCAUUCAUAUUGUUUUCGAAAGGAACACAAUUCAACUCUUGGUAAGUGUUAGUUUGCUAUUUGCUUUUGGAGUGUCUCCGAGUAAAGAGGCAAUUCUAACCAAGGAACAUAGUCUAGCUCUUUCACAUGGCGAUAUCUGCGUGCAAGACAGUUGGCCAUCAAAGCAGCUCGAUCCAUCAAAUUUAGCAAUCGAGGGCAGGUCAGCAGUGAAAAAAGGAGCAAGCAGAGGCUAAGGGGAAAGAAAAACGAUUCCAAUUGCCUAGUGAGCCGUCUCUUAUGAAGGGAACGUAGCAUGUAACACGUGCAUCGACUAAACAAAAGAUCAAGGGCAGAUGCUUUUCUCGUGUUUAUGUUUGUGUUGCUGUGAAUCACAGCGAAGAAAGCAUAUAAGAGAAACAAGUGUGUUCUAACUUAUUUUAGCUAAAGAAUUUUAAAAGUUCUAAACUCAGUACUCCCAUAUUUUCCCUCAUUAGUUGUAUUUGCCUACAAUGGCAUCACAGCGAAUUAGUUCUUACAAUUCAUGCGACUAUUUUCAAACUGACUCAUCGAAUAAAACUUUGCAAAACUAAUGGAACGAAAUUACCGGCUGGAUAACCCUGGGGAAUGUGUUUUCAUAUUUUAAAAUCAUAUUGUCUUCGCUAAAGUUUGAUAUGAAAGAACUGCAUGUCAUGAGAAUCGGUGAGGGAAGUAUGUGUGUUGCUUGUGAUGCAGCCGGCUAAAAUGCAGGACUGAAUUGAAUUUCGAUCCAAGUGAACAUGGAAUAAGCUGGUUCGUUGGAAACAUAUUUGCGUCAGAUUGAAUACUGUGAAACGGGCAAUUGUCUUUUUGCUUUUCCCGGAAGACUGUAGAUCAUAGAGUUUGGGACAGUUUGCGUGCUGCAGAGUCAUAUUUCUUGAGUAUUGGCUAGAAAUUCCCGCUUAGAAGCAAUCAGUUGUAAUUGACUGUUGCUUUAAAAAUUAUCCCAGAAAACGAAUUGAGGCAUAAUUCUCUUAAUCAUAAACAUUUCAGCUCCUCGGUAAAUGUCAGCUUUCUUGCUAAACACAAAUUUAAGUGAGACUGUUUGAGGUCAACUGCUCACAACUGCUAUCGUUUGACGGAAACCUUGAAUUUUGCAAUGUGGCUUACAUCUUUCACUGAUUUUCGCUUGCUACGAAAUCUGCGGUCAGUGCACUGAGUAUAGAUUUUAAAUUAUUGCUAGCUCUGUUAAUUUGUGUCAAUUUUAUUCAAGGACAAAUGAAAAGAAAGGAGUAUAGCUGAAUAACAUCAGCUUUGUUAUCAUUGCGAGUCCACUGAUGCAAACACAUUUUCUUUUAGAAAAACUUAGCAAAUCUUUUCAUGUGGUCACUGAGUUUGUCACCUGCCUUCCUUCAACUAAUCUUUUAAAUGCCUUCUGUAAGUCACAAAGAUAUAUGCAUUAUCCAGUUCAAUGACUGGAUAUCAGAUCUUACAAAUUCUUAUGGCCUCUCUGGUUGAGGUGACUCAGAAUUUUUAGUCGUGGAAAUUCGAAACGACUGUUGUUAUGGGGCAAAAUAUGCAAAUGCAUCACACACUCAGAUGUAAACUUUUGGCCGAUAACAUGGAAAGCCUGGAACCUCCAAACGGUUGAGAGCGGUUAUUUUGGGUUCUGUGUUUCGCUUUAGUAAAUAUGUAGUAUUUUGUCUAGGGCUUUUGCUCACACGUAGAUUAAAACUGAGAGAGGUAUUUAUGACUGUGAUCAUGUAUCGGUCACAAUAGCGCGGCCGGCGAGGUCAAAGAAUUGUUACAAGUCAAAGUCAGGAAGUGACUUUACCAGACGUGGCUCAUGGCUUUUGCUAGAGAAUUUGUUGGUUUUUCACUCGCUUUCUCUCCUUCUAGAGUCCAAGAUGGAAGGUGACAGUCCAGCUCGACUUCCGGUUGCCCAAACAACUCAAGCUCAGGCUCCUCCUGGUCAGCCAGUGAUAUAUCAACAACAAGUCCUUCCCGGCCAACCAAUCAUGUACCAGAUGCAGACCGGCCAACAACAACCGGUUUCUGUUCAGGUUCCUGCCGGUCAGCCAGCCACUACAACAGCUGGGCAGCCUAUUCAGUAUUAUUAUGUCCCUGUGACGCAACCAAUGCAACCGGGUCAACAGGGACAGCCAGUACAACCGGUACAGCCGGUACAGCCGGGCCAACCAUUGCAACCGGGACAACCGGUUUACGUUCAACAAGUACAACCUCAACGUCAGGCUGGACAGGGUCUGGAUCUCGCUAUUGACACGGAUUUUCUCAAAAGCCCUAUGUGCUUCAUUAAAAUAGCAGAAUUUGUUGUGCUGCUCGGCGCAUGGGCAAGUAUCCUCAAGUACUUUGAUGAUCUAGACCCUUUCAACAGAAUAGAGGUGGAUAAUAAAAAAGCUAGCUUCUUCAAAGGCAUCACAAUUUUCUGUUGGGUCAUGGUCAUCCUCUACUUGAUAAUACAUACGUUGAGCUUCCCUAAGAUUUGCAAAUUCAAACGACCGUCCCUGUUCACUUUAGCGUCUUUGAUCUUCUACUUCAUCAUGUUUACAUUACUACUCACCUGUACAGGAAACUUGGUUUCCAGGGCCGUCGAAUUUGGAAAUCCUUUCCUCACACUCAGCGUUGCCUUGGCCUUUGGAUUUUUAUCCUGCAUAGCGUUCGUCGUUGAUAUGGUUUUGAAUCACAAGUUGUUUCGGACACAGCGAGCCCAGGAAAUGCCCCCCGACCAAGGACCUCCCCAGCGACGAGCCUGGGAUGUCAACAUCGAGUACAUACGAUCCCCGCUGUUUUACGUGAAGUCGACAGAAAUUUCGUUGCUGUUUGCAGCAUGGGUGUGUAUCAUAAAGUACUUUGACAUGACCAAACUUACAGCAGAGACCCCAGUAGAUUUCUUCAAGGGAAUCACAAUCUUUUCGUGGGUGAUGGUCGUUCUCCUGGCUUUGACGUUUGUGCUAAGUUUUGACAAGCUUUGCAGUCGAUCAUCUCCCUGGACUCUGACGACACUGCUUAUCCACUUCGUCUUGUCCGUUUUAUUGAUCGCGUCCUGUGGAAACGUGACAUCACACGCUAUAGACUAUGUACAGGCGUACAACGAUGUGUUCAAGCCCGACGUGUUAGCCUUAGUGAUUGGGCUGGGGUUCGGUUACCAUUCCUGGAUAAUUUUCAUUGUGGACAUCUACUUUCUUUACAAGUUGUACAAGCAGCAAAGGGCGGAGGAGGUUGGCCACCCGCAGCAAGCAGGCCAGCCAGGUGUCGUCCAACAGCCCGCUGUGGUUUUUGUCCCACAAGGCGCGACACAGCAAGUCUACCAACCGCUUACACAUCCGCGACAGCAGCCAGUUCAAUAUCCGGGACAACAGCCUGUCCUGAUGGGAAUGCACACAGUCAGCAGCUUCCACAAGUAGAAACCCAGAAAUAAAAUAUAACAUUGCUUGCUGCGGAAUUAUGCGAAAUCCGCCAUGUGCGAUAAAUUAAAUCUAUUUUUAUUUUAACUUAAAAGCAUCCAGUGUAAAGAAACAAUGCAUAAAACAUUUUUACAACCCGCAUCACACAGAUCAGCAACAGGUAGUCACUGUAAAGUACUAUGGCUGCCAUACUAUGACAAAUAUUGUCAUUACAUGUUGUCAUUACAUAUACAUGCCAAUACUGCACAAAUGUUGGUCAAUGUUGGAACAUUUGACGUUUGUAAACAGAAUAGCUCAGCUGCUUUGCAAAUCGGAACAAUACGUGAAGAGAAGUUUUGGUAAAUAUAAUGUAUUGCAUCAGUGUGAUUAGUUAUAUGAAGUUCUUUUGCCUUCAGAUCCGCAAGUGGUUAGUAUAUAGAGUUUUGCUUUAAACAAAAUGAAAGCAGGCUACAAACACUGAUUAGGAUCCGAAGGAACCUGUAGAAAGAAACUUGAGAUGCGGCUCCGUGAGGCUAAGGAAAGACGUCUCUGAUAGCACAGUUUAACUUUGAACGAAUGAUUAUUAUUCUUAGCGUAGCUAUUGAAGAAAUCAUUAAUUUUAUCUAAUUUAAUUUAUAGGAUUUUUGCAAGUAGUUUCAUUUUACUCAGAAAAAUUAGAUUAAACCUCUGAAGGAGACCAAUCUGAAUGUAUCCAAAUACUCCCCGAACCCAAAAAUGUUGACGGUCAGUCUUGUAUGUACUUGUUAUUCGUCAACUCCUCGCGUUUAAGUUCAAUGCGCUGUUAGCCUGUUCCAGGCUGUCUCAGUUUGUAGGCGCGAGCGAAUUCGAAGGAGGCGAGCCCGAGAACGCCUUUUUUUUUUCACUCGUUCUUCGCGCCGGCUCCCAGUUAUUGAACCGAACGCCUGCAACAGGCUUCGAUGUAGUAUUUGGCAAAACUGAAUAUUCAAAAGCUCUGAACUCGCAUUUCACGCACGUUUUAACUCCUUAUGGCUUUCUGGUUAACGUCGGGCGCAGACUACAAUUAGACAAUGAGCUGUUGGUUUUUGUCUUUGAAAUCCUCCGCGCGAUCGGAAAAGUUAAAAUUAUGCCAAUUAGGAAAUGAAAGAAUUGAGAGGGGAACCGUCGAGACUACACUCCUCGCCGCUAGAUCGUUCUUCGUUUGUUUUCAAAUUCGUGUAUUCGUGUCGCAAGCUAAGAAAAAGUCUAGUUUCUUAAAUUAUUCUUUUAUUUUAAUAACUCUCUUAGUUUAAAGACACCAGUGUCCUUUUGUAUAUUAAAAUUAAUUGCUUAUCUGG